AUGGGUAGGGCUUUCCUCGAUUUUAUUGAGCACCUGUUCUUCCAAUUGAGAAGUAACUCCGAUAUCUGUUUUCAGCGAGAGUCUCUAAGCCACGUACCAUUAUUAAGAGAAAUAAAACAAAACGAACCUAUGGAUUUCAAAAAUUAUUUAAGAAUGGAUAGUGCAACUUUUGGUAAAUUAUUAUCCAUGGUAAAAAAUGGAUUAACAAAACAACACACUGCUAUGAGAGAGCCAAUUUCUCCAGAACAACGUCUUACAGCCACACUUCGAUUUCUAGCAACAGGGAGAUCUUAUGAAGAUCUAAAAUAUUCUGUAGGAAUAUCCGCACAAGCAUUAGGAUACCUUAUACCGGAAACAUGUGCUGUAAUUUUUGAGGAAUUAAAGCAAGAAUAUUUAAAGUUUCCAACAUGCAAAGAAGAUUGGAGAAGUAUCGCAUCCGGUUUUGAAUCCCGAUGGAAUUUUCCUAACUGUGCAGGAGCCCUAGACGGAAAGCAUAUCCAAAUAGUACCACCACCAAGAACAGGUGCUCUGUAUUAUAACUAUAAAAAAUUUUAUAGUGUUAUUCUGAUGGCGUUAGUGAAAGCGAAUUGCGAGUUUAUUUAUGUUGACGUUGGAAAGCAAGGCAGAAUGUCAGACAGUGCCGCUUUCGAAUGGACUUCAUUUUAUAAAAAACUGCUUACAGAUGUGGAACUGGUUUCCCUCUCAAAAAGGAAACAUGGUAAAGCAUCCAUAGAAGCUAAGAAUAAUAGAGAUAAAUACUGCGAAUAUUUUAAUCAUAAAGGAAAACUUGAUUGGCAAGAUAAAAUGAUCGAAGCUGGUAAAGCAUAG